AUGUUUGAAGACGAGAUGACGAGAAUCAACUAUGAGGCGCGGUGCACGGCUUAUGCGGCGAUGAACGGCGGCAGAUUCGACUUUGACGAUGGUGGUACGUAUUGCGGCGGCUGGGAGGAGGGAAAGGCGCAUGGCCACGGUGUUUGCACGGGUCCACAAGGCAAAGGCGAAUACACUGGAGCCUGG